AUGACCGCGUCAAAGGUAGGUCAGCACCUUCGGUCGGCGUGGUCGAGCAUUCGCCUACUGUUCACUGCCAUCCGCCGGUUCGUACUGAGAUAUCGGUUGCUGCCGAUGCUGGCCCUGAUUCUGUACACGGUUUCAGGGGGCGUCGUUUUCCUGUUCAUUGAACGCUCGAACAAGCCUCUGAUCGAUACGUCCCCAUCUGACAUUUCCGUGACCUCGUCGAUCAUCAGACAGAUGUACCAGCACCACCUAACUCGAUGGUUGUGGUCAUCGUACCUGCGCAACGAAACGGUCCAACGACGAAAACAACUGAUUCGCAACGCCUGGAAGUGGUACGACAAGAGGGUUGGUGACCUGAACAAAUGUACCCAGGCAACGGCAGUCAUACCGUGGGAUAUAUGGUCAUCGAUUUACUACGCGAUGACCCUGUACACUACGAUCGGCUACGGCAAUCUGGCUCCAAGCACGAACGUUGGACGAGUGGUAAGUCUGAUCUACGCGCUGUUUGGCAUCCCACUACUGCUGUACAUUCUCGACUUCACCGGAAAAGCGCUAUUAAGCUCGGCGGAACGCGCGAUGCGGUGGUUCAUAGCGUCGCACCCCAACCUGUCGAUGAAGUUGCACCUGAAAGAGGAUGUACCGCUGACAGCCAUCACGGUUUUGUUCGUAUUCUGGUUAUGCUUCUGUUCAGCGCUGUUUCUGUUAUGGGAAACCGACUGGGAUUUCUUCACCAGUUUCUACUUCGUCUUCAUCAGCUUCAGCACCAUCGGCUUAGGUGACGUUGUCCCACACCACCCGAAGUACACGCUGAUGUGCUCGAUAUUCGUUGUGUUCGGCCUCUCGGUAGUCAGCAUGCUGAUUAGUUCGAUUCAGGCCAAGCUCGAGCGGCUGUUUGAAUCUUUCCUCAAAAAUAUUCAAGAGGAGUACCACAUGAAGCAAAGCCAGCCAGAAAAUAGUAAGAUGAUGCUCGAAGGAGAGGACUCCAUGGAAGCUAUCCAGCAAGUGUGUAAGCCAAAAGCGUUGGAGGAGAAAAUCCUCUUCAACUGGAUGAGUUCCGACAAAAAGCAGCGACUUCGAAAGGAAUGGGCGAAGCGGUGCCAAAUGGUGAACACGGAAACCCAGACAACGUUGCAAACAUUUAGAGACUGUGCCGUGCAGAGUGAGGAAGACGAAAUGUUCUUGCCGGGCUACAGACCGUUUUACAUAUACAAUACUGAAUGA